GCUGUAAACCCGGGUCGCUUCUGCUUCCGGGUCACGCCUUGACAGCGGCUUCCCGGACCGAUCUGCCCCGCGGUUCGGCAGCUCGGAGCAUGUGAGCGCACUCUGAGCCCUGAUGAGCUCCAGCAUGUGGUAUGUCAUGCAGAGUAUUCAGAGCAAGUACUCCCUCUCCGAGCGCCUGAUCCGGACCAUCGCUGCCAUCCGCUCCUUCCCUCAUGACAACGUAGAGGACCUCAUCAGAGGGGGAGCAGAUGUGAACUGCACACAUGGCACACUGAAGCCCCUGCACUGUGCCUGCAUGGUGUCCGACGCCGACUGCGUGGAGUUACUCCUGGAGAAAGGAGCAGAGGUCAAUGCCCUGGAUGGUUACAACCGCACAGCUCUCCACUAUGCAGCAGAGAAAGACGAGGCUUGCGUGGAGGUCCUAUUAGAAUAUGGGGCAAACCCCAAUGCACUGGAUGGCAACAGAGACACCCCGCUUCACUGGGCAGCCUUUAAGAACAAUGCUGAGUGUGUGCGGGCUCUCCUGGAGAGUGGGGCCUCUGUCAAUGCCCUGGAUUACAACAAUGAUACGCCGCUCAGCUGGGCUGCUAUGAAGGGGAAUCUCGAGAGUGUCAGCAUCCUUCUUGAUUACGGUGCUGAGGUCAGAGUCAUCAACUUAAAGGGCCAGACGCCCAUCUCCCGCCUGGUGGCUCUGCUAGUGAGAGGACUUGGAACAGAGAAAGAAGACUCCUGCUUUGAGCUCCUCCAUAGAGCUGUUGGACAGUUUGAGUUAAGGAAAAAUGGCAUCAUGCCACGAGAAGUGACCAAAGACCAGCAGCUGUGUGAAAAACUGACUGUGUUGUGCUCAGCACCAGGGACUCUUAAAACCCUUGCCCGCUACGCCGUGCGCCGUAGCCUGGGUCUGCAGUACCUGCCCGAUGCGGUGAAGGCCCUCCCACUGCCCGCAUCCCUGAAGGAAUACCUUUUACUCCUAGAGUAGCCUGGAGGAGACACUUUGGCCAUCAUGCAGACAACUCUGGGUGAGGUUUGCUUUGCAAUACUGUCUCUUUGUUGUGGAACACAGAAAAAAACUUGUUCCUGGUGUGUGGUUUAUAGAUUUUGAGGCAACACAUAACAGUCAUGUACGUACCACCUCCCCUCCCAUACCAAGCAACCAAACCAAAAAAAAUUUACCUCACUUCUGUUUGCUGUGUUAUUGCUUAGUUGCCUUUUAUAUUCAGCCCUGCAAAAGAAGUCCUCCCCAAAUUCCCCGUAGGAUCCUUUAGUCAACAGUGUAACUCCAUUUCCUAGGAAGGUGUAAAGUACUGAGAGUACAUGGUUUCCCUUUGGGGCCGUGGUGUAGCAUGUGAAAGAGUUCCUUCUAAAAAGUUCUAGUUGAUCUGAAGUUUAAGAAAUCUACACUCCAAUUAACAAGAAUUAUGUCCCAAGGAUGAGUGCUUGAACUUCAGGUGGGGUGCAGACUCAGAAUCUGGCAUUCAGGAGCACUUCCACGUGGUACCCAGGGCUGGCCAUCCAGUAGUGGGGCCUCACAGGGAUAUCUGGCUGCCCCCCAGAAGAGACAUGAAUUCCCAGCAGUCCCAGAAUUGCCAGGCCACCCUUCUGAUGUGGCCCUUUCCCUCAAAACUCCUUUGCACUAAUGAGCUGAGCGUGCAUCCUGCACCUUGGAUGAAGGUCUCUAGUAAGGUGGAGGGUGGGCAGCAGCCUCCCACAGAGCUUCACUCCCUAAGAGUUUGCAGUUGGUGUUUUUCCUACUCUCUUGGAACCUUUGCUUUUUAUUGAGCUAUAGAAAAUGGUGGGGUAAGUGGAGCUGGGGACAGAAUACAAAAGGGGUUCUCUGGAACUGGCCCGCCGACCUAAAAAGACCCAUUUCUGUGAACAAUGCUCUUCCUUUUCGUGUUCUUAAACUAGAUGAAGUUGAUUUUGACCUUAAGUGAUCUGUAUGCAAGUUUGGAAAGCACUUUUUAAAAAGCUGGCUGGAGACUGCACCCAAAUGAAUAGGCCCUGAUGCAGCUAACUCAAGAGCCAGCAGCUAACUCGAAAGCCGGCCUGCUUCUGUUCUUUGCUGUUGCUGGGUUUUGCCCGUUUGAAAAAAGAAUAAAUAAAUAAUUCUAAAAGCAAA